GUGGGUCAGAAGCACUUGGUGAGGAAUCAAGAGGGUUUACCAGAGAACAGCUAUUUACACUGGCUGCAACAGCUUCUAUAAACUUCAGUUCAAUGAUAUGCUACUCAAUCCUGGGACCCUUUUUCCCUUCAGAGGCAGAAAAAAAAGGUGCCAGUAACACCAUUGUUGGCCUGAUUUUUGGAUGUUUUGCUUUGUUCAAUUUCUUGUCUUCUUUAAUCUUGGGAAAUUAUCUUACACACAUUGGAGCAAAAUUCAUGUUUGUGGCAGGGAUAUUUGUUUCAGGAUGUGUGACCAUUCUGUUUGGAAUGCUGGACAAGGUGCCAAGUGGACCAAUGUUCAUUGGCUUUUGCUUUUUAGUAAGAGCAAUUGAUGCAAUAAGUUUUGCAGCAGCAAUGACAGCGUCGUUUUCAAUCCUUGCGAAGGCGUUUCCCACUAACAUAGCUACUGUCCUGGGCAGCCUUGAAAUUUUUUCAGGACUCGGAAUGGUGCUGGGCCCACCUUUAGGUGGUUUUUUGUAUCAAUCAUUUGGUUAUGAGGUCCCUUUCAUUACUCUGGGAUGUAUAGUGUUGGUUUUCGUGCCUAUGAAUAUGUGCAUAUUGCCAAAAUACGAUUCAAUCCCUAGCAAGGAAUCCUUUUGGAAGCUUAUACAUCUACCAAAAGUCUUAGUACUCUGUCUCACUAUAUUUUCUCUAAGUGCAUGUUUGAGCUUUUUGGAUCCCACAAUGUCUCUAUUUAUUCUAAAGAAGUUCAAGCUCCCAGCUGGUUAUGUGGGCUUGGUGUUCCUUGGUUUGGCACUCUCAUACUCCUUGUCUUCUCCUCUCCUUGGACUUGUAAGCGACAAACUGCCAUACAUCAGGAAGUGGCUGCUGAUAGCUGGAGGCUUACUGACAGCACUGUCCUUUUUCAUGUUAGGACCUGCUCCAGUGUUGCACAUUGAAAGUCAGCUGUGGAUGUUUGUGCUAGUGCUGGUUUUGAUUGGCUUUUCCAUUGGCAUGAGUGCUAUUCCGGUGUUUCCAGAGAUACUGCAAUGUGCAUAUGAGAAUGGAUUUGAAGAAGGUCUUAGUCUGCUGGGAGUGGUGUCUGGACUCUUCAAUGCCAUGUGGUCCCUUGGAGCAUUUGCAGGUCCCAUUCUGGGAGGAUUUCUAAAUGAAAAGCUGGGUUUUGAAUGGGCCGCAGCCAUCCAAGGAGGAUGGGCACUGUUAAGUGGCCUUGCUACUGGAAUAUUCUAUAUCAUUGAGGCAACAAGGAAAAGUUCCAGCCUGCAAAAUUCUCCUGGUAAUAAUGAAGAAAGAACUCAUCUCAUGGGCAGUGAAACAUAGUCAGACAUACUACUUUUAAUUCUCUGUUUACUAUUGUGGUUUAACCUAGUAUUGAUGUGACUGGACUUAAGAGUGCUUCAUUAUUCUGGAGCUGUGACAUGAUCCCUUAUUGAACAACCAGUUGUGGUUUAGUUGUAGCUGCAUUACUGUUUUUAAACACUAAACACUGACUGCCUUUCUUUUGGAAGUUCUCAUAAGUGAUGACUAACCCUCAGCUGUCAGCCUGUUUAAUUGUGUUCCAUGUACAGUGCACCGCUGUAUGUGAAGAGACAUGUUUUCAAAUGUCUAGUUUCUAUACUUGUGUGUGCUGUGCAUUAUUCUUGGAUAAAGGUCCUAUUUUGCUACCAUGAUUUUCUGUACCUUUUUGAGGGAAGUUCAUUAUCUUGUAAUACUGUAACUGAUAACAUAAAACGUUGAGACAGAAUUUGAAAUUACAAAGCAUUACAAAGCACAAUAUUAUUUUCAAUAAAGCAACUUUUUUCCUAA